CCUUUAUAAAGAAGGAACUUUCUAUUUCACUCACACUAGCCUUCCUGGCGUUAGGAGCUGCAGGCUCUUCCCAGGCACUUUCAGGUUGGGUGGAAGUAAGGCUUUGGAACCAGUGUUUUCUCAUCACAGAAGCAGCUUUAAAAUGCCUGGGAAGAUGGCCAUGAUCUUUGGAGCCUCGAAUAUACUUUGGAUAGUGUUUGCAGCCUCUCAGGCUUUUAAAAUUGAAACCUCUCCGGAAUCCAGGACUCUUGUUCAGAUAGGUGACUCGGUCUCGCUGAUGUGCAGUACCACAGGCUGCGAGGCCCCAUCUUUCUCGUGGAGAACCCAGAUAGACAGCCCCCUGAAUGCCAAGGUUAGGAAUGAAGGGACCAAGUCCACGCUGACCAUGGAUCCAGUGAGUUUCGAGAACGAACACUCCUAUCUGUGCACAGCAACUUGUGGAUCCAAGAAAGAGGAAAAAGAAAUAAAAGUGGACGUCUACUCUUUCCCUAAGGAUCCAGAGAUUCAACUGAGUGGCUUUCCGGAGGUUGGGAAACCCCUCACAGUCAAGUGUGUGGUCCCUGAUGUGUACCCAUUUGACAGGCUAGAGGUGGAGUUACUGAAAGGUGACUCUCGUAUGAAGCAUCAGGAAUUUCUGGAAGAUAUGGAGAGAAAGUCCCUGGAAACCAAGAGUCUUGAAGUAGCCUUUACUCCUACCCUUGAGGAUACUGGAAAAGCACUUGUUUGCCGAGCACAAUUACACAUGUUUGAAACCGAUUCUGAAGAAGCAAGUCCCAAAGAAAGGGAGACUUACAGAGAGCUACAAGUCUACAUCCUACCCAAGAACACAGCUAUACAUGUGCAUCCUUCCACCAGUCUGCAAGAGGGAGACUCUGUGACUAUGACAUGCUCCAGUGAGGGUUUGCCAGCUCCUGAGAUUUUCUGGAACAAGAAACUAGAUAAUGGGGAUCUACAGCUUCUUUCAGGGAAUGCAACUCUUACAUUAAUUGCCAUGAAAGUGGAAGAUUCUGGAAUUUAUGUUUGCCAAGGAGUCAAUGUGAUUGGGGCAAACGGAAAAGAGAUUGAAUUAAUUGUUAAAGAAAAACCAUUUACUGUGGACAUCUCCCCUGGACACCAGGUUGCCACUCAGAUUGGGGACUCGGUUGUAUUGAGAUGUAGUGUCACAGGUUGUGAGACCCCAUCUUUCUCUUGGAGAACCCAGAGAGACAGCCCUCUGAAUGGGAUAGUGAGCAGUGACAGGACCGAGUCCACGGUGACCUUGACCUCUGUGAGUUUAGAGAACGAAGAUCAUUACCUGUGUACUGUGACGUGUGGACGCAGGAAAAUGGAAAAGGAGGUCCAAAUGAAAGUCUACUCUUUCCCUCAAGAUCCAGAAAUCGAAAUGAGCGGUCUACUAGUGAGUGGGACCCCUGUCACCAUAAGCUGCAAGGUUCCUCUUGUGUACCCUUCUGGUCACUUGGAGAUUGAAAUACAUAAAGGGGAAACUCUUAUGGUGAAUAAACACUUUUUGGAGGAAAUGAACAUAAAAUCCCUAGAGAACAAAAGUUUGGAAGUGACCUUCACCCCCACCUCUGAAGAUACUGGAAAAGUUCUUGUUUGUCAGGCUAAGUUACAUAUUGGUGAAGUGGAAUCUGAACCCAAACAAAGGCAGAGUACACAGACACUUUAUGUCAAUGUUGCCCCCACAGAUACCACUGUCUCGGUCAACCCCUCUGCUGUCUUAGAGGAAGGAAGUUCUGUGAAUAUGACAUGCACUACCCGUGGCCUUCCAUCACCAAAAAUUCUGUGGAGCAGACAGCUCAGUAAUGGAGAUCUACAACCUCUUUCUGAGAAUACCACCCUCACCUUAAUUUCUACAAAAAUGGAAGAUUCUGGCAUUUAUGUGUGUGAGGGGAUUAAUGAGGCUGGAAGAAGCAGAAAAGAAGUUGAACUAAUUAUCCAAGUUGCUCCAAAAGACAUUCAGCUUACAGCUUUUCCUUCUGAGAGUGUGAAGGAAGGAGACAUGGUCAUUAUCUCUUGUACAUGUGGAAAUGUUCCAGAAACUUGGAUAAUCCUGAAGAAAAAAACAGAGAUGGGAGACACAGUGCUAAAGUCUAUAGAUGGUGCAUACACCAUCCACAAGGUGCAGUUGGAGGACGCAGGAGUGUAUGAAUGUGAAUCUAAAAAUAAAGUUGGUUCAGAAUUAAGAAGUCUAACGCUGGACGUUAAAGGAAGAGAAAAUAACAAGGACUACUUUUCUCCCGAACUUCUUGUUCUCUACUGUAUAUCCUUCUUAAUAAUACCUGCCAUUGGGAUGAUCAUUUACUUUGCAAGAAAAGCCAACAUGAAAGGUUCAUACAGUCUUGUAGACGCACAGAAAUCAAAAGUGUAACUAACAUUUGAAAUGUUCAACCAGGGACACUACUUAUAAAUCAAAGAAUACUGCUCAUCAUUCCACAAGAAAAACAAAGAGCUGAGUUCAGUCUUCUCAGAAUGUGUUAAAAACAGAAAAGAAUAGCCGUCUAUGCCCCUUGCUGUGAGCAAGAAGCCAGCGGAAAACUUGAUGCCUAAAAAAAUCACGGCUAUUGGGAUGAGACAGCUGGAAGAGGUUCUCUCAUGUGUACAUACAAUAAUAUACUCUGUACAUAUGUAAAAUAAAAUUAUGCCAUAGGAAGGUUGCUUGGAAUAGCAGCACUCUAUAUUCAGAUCUUAAGAAUAAUUAAACAUUUUUCUUGGACUGACUGUUAAUAACUUAAUAUAUCUGUGGGAAAUCUAAUUGUUAAUGUUGACCGGCAGCUGACCUAAGUGAUCUCUCUAAUGUUUUAUUUCCUAUAACAAAAUCUUAUUCUUUCAAAGUUUAUUGAAAUAAUUUCAUGUUUUGUGAAGAAGCUAGGGACUCACAUUUGCGCAGGCAAAUGAUAAAGAGGGCACUGGGCUGGCUUUUGGGUACUAAAUACCUCAACCUACGGCGUACUGGUUGACCGGGCUUCUUCGUAUGGUACUGGCAUGGUACGGAGACAUUUUAUGUUUGUGUAACUCAGAAUCUUGUGUAACUUCACUGGUGGAGUUUUAAAAUGCAACUUCUUUUUAUUUUCUUUUGUAAUGUUUAGUUUUUUUGUAUAGUAAAGUGAUAAUUUCUGGAA